AUGAAGGCUUGUAUCAACCCAAAUAUUUUCAAUCUAUCAACGUUUCUUGGCUUGAUACUUGCGUACCUCAUCAGCAUUUCCAUUUACCGCAUUUGGUUCCAUCCGCUCAGCAAAUACCCGGGUCCACUACUUUGCAAACUGACAAGUCUUGUAUGGACAUAUCAUUUCAUCCGAGGAUCCAUCCUCAUGUGGGAGCAAAGAGAGCACAACAGCUACGGAGAGAUAAUUCGACUUGGACCGAAUCGUCUCUCCUUCAUCAACCCUACGGCUUGGAAAGAUAUUUAUGGGCAUAAACACGGAGAUGCCAAGCCCAACGUCAAGAACCUCGACCGGGCUGCGAAAAGUAUGCCGAGCGGCCGUUUGCCUAUGGCCCUAGAACCUAGCCUGGCCGGCCAUGCAGCACAAAGGAAGCAGUUUAAUCCUGCAUUUAGCGAGAAGGCAUGGAGAAAACAAGAGGUCAUGGUUUCCAAGUAUAUUGAUCAGUUCAUACGAAGAGUGAGGGAGGAAAUUGCCAAAAGUCCGAACGGUGGAGCACAGUUAGACUUUGGCAAACUGUACAAUUUCCUCACGUUUGACGUCAUGGGAGAUUUGACCUUUGGGGAGGGACUCGGACAGCUCGAAACUGGAAUUGAGUCCUCGUGGGUCCAUGCAGUAUUUGUCAUGUAUAAGCUAUUGAAUAAGAGAUCUGUCAUCAAGUCGUAUCCAUUCGGUGGUCUUUUGUUCGACCUCUUUGCACCCAAAGGUUAUCUGCAAGACUCGGCAAUGCAUAUAAAGCAUUGCAAUGCUCUUGUUUCAAAGCGACUAGAGAAAAGCAAUGAAGAAAGGCCAGAUAUCUUUGGAUACGUCCUCAAUAAUUCUGGAGAGAUCAUGUCUCGCCCACUAAUGAAUGCAAAUGCAAACAUGCUGAUGGUGGCUGGGACAGAGACAACCGCUACCACGCUAACGGCUGUUACUUACUUGCUGAUAAAUAAUCCUGAAAAGAUGAAGAAGCUCACUCUGGAAGUCCAGGCCUUUUCGGGAAUAUCUGAGUUGACCAGCCCUGUCCUUCAGAAGAUGAGAUUUCUGAAUGCUGUCAUUGAGGAAGCUUUGAGAAUGUACCCGGUUGGCCAGGUUGGUCUAGGUUCACAAAGAGAAAUUGCCGUUGGUGGAAAUGUGGUGUGUGGUCAAUUUCUGCCCGGAGGGACUGAAGUAGCAGUCGCCGCCUGGGCAAUGAACAACUCGUCUCUUCAUUGGAAAGAUCCUGACAAGUUCGUUCCGGAGCGAUGGCUUCCCGAUGAGCUCGGAUUUUCUGAGUACCACCAAUACGAUAACCGCGAGGCUUGGCUCCCCUUUGGUACCGGGCCUCGGACGUGCAUUGGUAAAAACAUGGCUUUGCAUGAGAUACGUGGUGUACUAGCCAAGCUUGUGUACUGCGUUGAUCUGUUGCCCCCUCAGGAGAAUGUAGAUUGGCUCCAGAACAAGAGGAAUAACAUCUGGGCAAAAAUUCCCUUGGACAUUUGUGUGAGACUAUCGAAAUAA